AUGUCAUUCUCACUAAAAGAUGAAAUUAUAAAUAAAAGUUCAAAAACAUUUAAGUCAAAUAAAACAGACAUAAAGGCAGAGUUUUCAGUUAGAAUAGUAGUUUGUGAUCACUACAUAACUAGGCCCAUACCAGGAAUAGAUGUAAUUUAUUCAGAAUUUAGGGGAACAGAUAUAAAACAGGUACCAAUAUUACGUAUAUUUGGACCAACACCUGAAGGUAACAAGGCUUGCUUACAUGUACAUGGGGUAUUUCCUUAUUUUUACUUACCAUGUCCUACACCAAAUCCAGAACCUCAAUUUUUAUAUCAAAUUGCAGCCAGUCUCGACAAAGCUUUAAAUAUUGCUUUAAAACAAGCGUCAUCGUCAAAUCAACAUGUAUACAAAAUAAGUUUAGUAAAAGGAUUACCCUUCUAUGGAUUUCAUGAUAAAGAGCAUCUGUUCUUGAAAAUAUUUUUGUAUAAUCCUGGCUUGAUAAGGCAAGCGGUGGAACUUUGCAGCAAUGGCGCCAUAUUGGGUCAAGCACUGCAACCCCAUGAAUCUCAUUUGAAUUUUACAUUGCAAUUUUUUAUAGACUUUAAUCUUUUUGGAAUGAGUAAUAUUGAUUUACAAUGUGUCAAGUUUAGAAAGAAUGGCAUAUCUCAACGAAGCGAUGAGCCCAUUCAAUCGUCUGAUGAACUAGGACUAAAACCAGAAAGCAGUUGUUAUUAUGAAAUUGAUUGUAUUGCAUCUCAUAUAUUGAAUCGCCAAAGAGUAGGCAGAGGCGAUGGCAUAGAAAAUCCGGGCUUAGAAGAAGUAUGGAAUCAAGAACGUGAAAGGCGAAGACAACUUAACCUGUCAAUAAGCUCUAAAUCAUUAUCACAAGGCAGGAUAGGUGUCGAUGAAACAGAUACGCAUAAUAAAUAUGAAAAAUUGAUUGCCGCUAAAAUAUCUAAUAUGGCUGAAUCAACAAAUGUCAAGAGUGAACAAAAAACGGAAAUAGUAAAUUAUCCAGCGGAAACUAAGGAAAACUCGCAAUUACUAAAUGCCACGGAUAUAAGCCACCAUAUUCAGGACAAUUCAAUUGAGUUAAGUGCUAAUAUUACUUUAAGAAGAUCAAUAGACGAUACUACGAAUGACGCUGAUAAUACUUUAGUAGAUGAAGAUAUAGCAUUGAAUAAUAGUUUUUCCUUUCAGUACAGUCAAAUUUUAUUGGAUAAUGAUGACUUAGAACUAGUGGAUAUGCUUCAAGAUUUAGAUGAAAAACCUGUGGACGAUGACAGUGUCAUGGGUACACCAGCUGCUGACUGUGAAGAUGAUAAGGAUUUAGAGAUUGAAUAUUCACAAAUAUUUAAAGAUGAUACGUUAAUUUUAAAUUCCAAUAAAAGCGUGAAAGAGGACACUGAGAACUCGCUCUCGUGGCAAGACUCUUUUUGGGACGCUGUUGAUAUACCGCAGUUAGAUGGAACAUGUGAUGAUGAUCAUGUUAAAAAGGUUAGAAAAAGAAAAAUGAGAUCCUUCAAAUUAGGCUUAUCACGGCCGAAGACGAAAAAGAAAAAUCAGAAAUUAUUAAAUGAAAGUGAUAAUACUACGAUUGAUGAAGACGAUAGAGAAGAAAUAAAUGUUUCUAGAGAAAUAAUAGAAAAUAUUUCGAGUUUACAUCUCAAAAAAAGUUGUAAAACGGAUAUUCAGACGCCAAUACCAGAUAUCGAGGACUACGAUAAUGAUCAAACCAUAACUGAUUUAGUUGAUAAAAUUAGUUUAAAAAAUAAUGACAGGAAUAAAGUAGCUAUUGCAUAUGAUAUGAAUAAUAAAUUUGAACCUAAACCAGGUCCAUCCAAUGUCAAUAAAAAAUACGAAUCGAUAAUUUCUUUUUCUGACACAUACGAAUCAUCGCCAGACGAAAGCAAAACGGGCAUCGAGAGUUUCUACGAUAAAUCUAGAUUUUUCGAUUUAUCCACAGAUUCUGUAGUCCAAAACAGUUACGAAGAAGACUUUAUAAGUAAAGAAGUAAAAGUAGAGCGAGCUAGUAUUAGUAUUGUUAUGCAAAACGAAAUUAAAUGUGAAACUAACAAUGAAACUAACAAUCAGUUAAGCAACGUUAUAUUAACACCUAAAAUAAGACCGCCAACAUCUCAAUAUAUUAAAUCUUCUUUAGAUAUUUUCAAAAUUCCAAAAACAAAAAAUCCAGACCCAUAUUUUUCCAAUUACAAAGACGUCGGUGAUAAAGUUGAAAUUGGUCAAAUAGUGUUGAAAUUACGUAGCAAACUAGCGAAAGAUCAAAAACCGUUUGACAAAGUACUAAAUAUAACAAGUAUAGAGGAGUGGCGUCAACUGUUGUUCUUGCAAAGUAAUGAAUUAUCUGAAGAAACUAAGCCAGAAGCUUUAAAGUUAUUGUUAGCGGGAAAUACAAGAUGUGUAUUGGAGCCUUUGAAACAUGCUCCUUUAAGAAGUGAUGUUGUAAAAUGGAUGGAAAAUAAUAAAAAUGAUAAAAAAAUAGAUGAAACUCCUAUGAAAGAUAAUGUAAUUAAUCUUAACGCUGACGAUUUAGAAAACUCGCAAGCGAUUGGUUUAAAUGAAAUGGACAAUAGUUUAAGCUUAGAAGUGGAAAAGGAAAAUUCAGAAUUAAAUAGCACUAUGCAAGUCACAAUGCAACCUGACGGAUCAUUUCUUUGCUUUGGAAAUAGUGAUUGUACUAAAGAAAGUUCUUUGAGCAAUCCUGCAGUUGAGACUGACUUCCUAACACUCAUGUUAUUGGAGGUCCACACAUCGGUCAGAGGCGACCUCACCCCUGACCCAGCAAUGGACCCAAUAAAAGCAGUUUUCCUAACAAUAACUAACGACUGCCCACAAGAUCACUUACUACAAAGAAAUAUCACAGAGAUAUAUAUCGUACAAGAAAGAAAAGAACAAAAAUAUUUAAACAGAUGCGUAUUCAAUUAUAAAAUAACUUAUGUCAAUAAUGAGAACGACAUAUUCCAAAGACUAAUUGAAAGUGUUCGGAACCACGAUCCUGAUAUUAUGUGUGGGUACGAAAUAGAAAUUAAUUCUUGGGGCUAUAUUCUUGAACGAGCACAAGUUUUAGGUCUUGAAAUGGUUAAAGAAAUUUCUAGAAUUACGGAGAAGAAUCGCCAAAAACGCUAUAAGAAUGAUGAAAAUGAAAUGGAAGGCCGUGUUAUUGGUAGGAUCACAUUUAACGUAUGGAGAUUGUUUCGACACGAGUUAGCGUUAUCGAGUUAUAGCUUCGAGAAUUGUAUGUAUGAGAUUUUGAAUGAGAGAGUGCCUAAGUUUACACACGCACAGCUAUCGGAAUGGUGGAAUGACGAAUCUCGCAUGUUAAGAUGGAUUCCUGUGGACUAUUAUAUGACCAAAUUGAAUGGCACAGUCAGGAUGUUGGAAAAGCUUGAUAUGAUAAACAGAACAUCUGAAUUGGCACGUCUGUUCGGUUUGCAAUGGUGGGAGGUGUUGUCGCGGGGCUCGCAGUUUAGAGUCGAGUCGUUGAUGCUCAGAGCCGCGAGACCACUUAAUUUGGUCGCUUUAUCUCCUACAGUAAGACAAAGAGCGGCGAUGCGCGCUCCGGAAUGUUUGCCACUUAUAUUUGAACCUGAAUCUCGCUUCUACACUGAUCCUGUGAUCGUGUUAGACUUCCAAAGUCUUUACCCGUCGAUGAUGAUUGCAUACAAUUAUUGUUUUUCAACUUGCAUUGGAAGAAUACAAAAUAUUAAUGGCGACGCUCCCUAUGAAUUUGGCGCUUGGCGUCUCCGUAUACCGCAAACUAAGCUGGAAAGUCUCAUCAAAAACGGUCUAGUGCACUGGUCCCCGGUGGGCGUGGGCUUCGUGAAGGCGUCGGUGCGGCGCGGCGUGCUGCCCGCGCUGCUCCGGAGGAUACUCGCGGCCAGGCAAGCUGUGAAGAAAGGCAUGAAACUACAGAAAGAUGAAGCUGUUAAGAAGGCUAUGCAUUCUAGGCAAUUAGGUUUGAAACUAAUAGCGAAUGUGACAUACGGGUACACGGCGGCGAACUUCAGCGGACGCAUGCCCUGUGUGGAGGUGGGGGACAGCGUGGUGGCUAAGGGCAGAGAGACGUUAGAACGCGCUAUUAGACUUGUACAAAAUGGCAGAUGGAACGCUAAGGUGGUGUAUGGCGACACGGACUCCAUGUUCGUGCAAGUGCCGGGCGGCACUCGCGCUGAGGCCUUCGAAAUUGGCCAACAAAUAGCCGAUGCCGUAACUGCGGACAACCCUUCCCCGGUUUUGUUAAAGUUAGAAAAGGUGUACCAACCUUGUAUAUUGCAAACAAAGAAACGCUACGUCGGUUACAUGUAUGAAAGUGCAGACCAAGAAAAACCUGUGUAUGAGGCCAAGGGAAUAGAAACUGUACGUCGAGACGGCUGCCCCGCUGGUGUAAAGCUUUUAAAAAGGUCACUAUGCGAGUUAUUCGAGACGGGCGACAUGUCCCGCGUGAAGAGGCUGGUGUGCGAUGUGCUGUCUAAACUCAUCGACGGGUCUUUGUCACCGAAAGAGUUGUUGUUCACGAGGGAGUAUCACGGCGCCGCCGGCUACAGGCCGGGGUCCGCCGCGCCGCCUAAUGAGAUCGCUAAGCGGCUCAUCUCGCGCGACGCCCGCAGCGCGCCGCGCGCCGGCGAGCGCGUGGCGUGGCUGGUGUGCGGCGGCGCGGCGGGCGCGGCGCUGGCGCGGCUGGCACGCGCCCCGCGCGACCUGCUGUGCGCCGCGCCCGCGCCCGCGCCCGCGCCCGCGCCGCCGCACGUCGCCUACUACGCGACGCGCGCGCUGCUGCCGCCGCUGCAGCGCUGCUUUUCGCUGCUGGGCGUUGAUGUGUUUAAGUGGUGGCAAGAAAUAGGCUGGAAUCGUGAAGCUCAAAUAGAAAGAGCCGGUACAGUAGGUGGUAUUGCCAAAUAUAUGGAGAGAGGCCGCUGUGCAGUCUGCGGGGCUAAAGGCACCCGAGCCCUAUGCACCUUAUGUGCCUCAAACACACAAACAUCUCUUGCAGUCAUAGCUUCUAAACUAGCGAAAGUUAAGACGCACAUACAAUAUUGUUACCAGAUAUGUAACUCAUGCUGUGGUCACUCACAGUAUUUAAAAUGUGAAAACACAGAAUGCCCCGUGCUAUGGCGGCGGGUGUCAACUCUACAGAAGUUGCAUCAAAUGUACGAUAUAACAACGAAUUUACCGCCUUCCUACAUGAAAGAAAGUCUUAAU